AUGAGUUCCACCACCGCCACCGCCUUGCGACAACAAAAUCAGAAUCGUAAUUCUGGACAUGUAAACAGCCUGACUCAGGAGCAAGCCGAAUUACUUCGUUUUUGCUGGGAAGCAAUAUUAUCUCUGUUCGAAACUCAAAACACACCAAAUGGGACAAGCGAUUCAUCAAAAUCUACAAACAAGAAUGCAAAGAAGACCAAUGGACAAGAUUCUGCGCAGGGUACGUCUAGAUACAAUAAUUUAACACGCAAACUGAGACCCAAACAAACUUCCGAAACCACAAACAAUGACGAGAACAAUGUAUCUGAUAAGUAUAACGAAUCGGCCGAGUUUUUAUCAGCUAUGAAACUAUAUAGUCCUGAAGUAAUUCGUCAAGCGUUUUGGAGUUUAACUGCGGCUGAUGAUCCUGACGUGAUUGUCCUACGUUUCCUUCGUGCAAGGAAGUGGGAUGUUGAAAAAGCCAUUGCGAUGUUGUUGUCAACGUUAAAAUGGAUGUUGCAGACUGGAGUUCAAGAGAUCAUCGGAGGUGGCGAAGAAGGAUUGAUCGAUUAUUUUGAUGGAAAAGGUGAAAAAAAAGGAAUGAUCGUUCAAUUCACAAGUGGCAAAAGCUUUGUCAGGGGGACGGACAAAGACGGAAGGCCAAUCUGUUAUAUAAACGUCCGCUUUCAUAAGAAAGAGGAACAAUCCUUUGAGGUUCUCCAGAAAUUUACCGUUUACGUGAUGGAGACCACUCGUUUGAUGAUUGAAGCUCCUGUCGAAACCGGGUGUCUCUUGUUUAACAUGGAUGGAUUCAGUCUUUCCAAUAUGAGUCUUGGAGUUCUGAUAAUUCAUAAGGCCCCUUGGGUGUUUUGGGGCUUAUGGAAAUUAAUAUCCCCUCUGUUGGAUCCUGUUGUGGCAUCAAAAGUUCGCUUUACUCAAAAUGAGAAAGAACUCUUGGAGUUAAUUCCUGCAGAACAUUUGAUUACGGAGUUGGGCGGAGAAAAUUCGUGGAAAUAUCAGUAUGUUCCUCCGGAUGAAAAUGAGAACUAUCGAAUGAAAGAUGAGGCUACCAGGGAACACAAGCGGGAAUACAGGCAUUCUCUGGAGCCGGAAUUUGAAGGUUUAACGAGACAAUGGAUCAAAGAUCCAAAUAACAUUAAAAUAAAAAAUGAAAGAGAUCAAUUGAAACAUCAACUCAGAAAAGCUCAAUUGGAAUUGAAUCCUUACGUCAGGUCUAGAACAUAUUAUCAUCGCACCGGGGUGCUUAAAGAAGAUGGAACUUGCGAUUGGGGACAUAAGUAA